UCGAUCAGCACAAAACGCAGUCUGCAAUUUAGCAGGUCAUGCACUCACACUUCACCUUGUCCAACACAAACUUCAACUUCUCGCGGAAGUUGAUGUAAAUUAUUUAAAACAUGACCAGACCAAUAAAUCCAUACAAAACAAUGACAUCCUGUUGCAGCAAGGAUCAAAGUUGACUAUCAAGUCCCAUAGUAUAUAAAAUAUUUAUUUUUUAAAUUUUAUUUUUUGCCCUCUACACCGUCUGGCUAGAAGAUAAAAAUAAAUAUAAAAAUAACAAAAAAGUUAGCGUUGGCUGCGUCAUGCUCAGGCAAUCCAAUCUCUUACGUUGUCCGUCGCGUGAAAUUAGAUGUCAUUUAGCAACCACACUCUGAACACAAUCUUUGGUUACGAAAUUAACAUUAAAUUAUUUGCGAUAACGAUUGUAUAAUCUUUUUGACAUUCAAGUAUGUCAUUCUAAAGUUAAUGUUUGUAAAGAAGAAAGUUAAAAAAAUACAGGAUGUAGAAUACAAUAAAAUAUUUUUCUCUCAAGAAUCGAACUCAUGGGUCAGGGGUCAAUUGACCGACGAGCUCGAAUAAACGAAAUGGCAACGCCGCGCUGCAUAUCGAUAUGAGAUGCUCGACACUAUUAUAAAUUUCUAUAACAGACAAUCGAUAUUAAUAUAUCGGUUAUCCCUAACACAAGAAUUCAGAUAAAUUAUUAUAUAAAUAUAGAUUCAUUAUCAGAAAGUUUAAAAAAAAAGUUUAUAAAUUAUCGAAGAAUUUAUAAACUAAAGUUUCUGCCCACAAAAAAAAAUUCUCUUCGUAGCCUAGUGUAGUCCAGGUCAAUAGAUUUAUUUUCUUGGAAUAUGGUUUGACGAUUCGUUUUUUUACUGUGUACGAGUGCAGCAAAGAUAGUCUCGUUUAUUUUUCUGUGAGAAAGAGAUCCAAUGGCUACUCUCCUUAACUAAAAAAAAUUUUUUCAAUUAUCAGGCAUAAAAACUGCAAGUAUUUAAUUGUCAUAAAAAAUCUGACGUACUAUCAUGAGCUAAGUAAUCAGUAGUAAGUUGUCAAGGCCAUUCUGAUGAAAAUAAAAUAGAUAUAGAAAAUGUAAUCGAUGAACGCAAGAGUGUAAACAGUGUCAAUAAGUUGACCGAUUAUAGCCAAAUCAUAAAUGAUAAAUAAAUAAAUAAAAAAAAAAGUAAAUAGUAUGAUAAUAAACAGCUGUCGUCCACGGAAGUUUAGCGGCUAUAAUGACUAAUAAAACAUAUUAAGACCAAUAAUUACAGUACCAAGUGACGUACAUCUGUGUCUACUGAUAAUAUGUGCAAUAGAUGCAACCGAUCAUGGUAAGGUGUGGCUUGGCACGCCAUUCGUCUAUUAUCUCCUUGUCUAACGAGUAAUAUAAAACGAAUAAAUCUAAAUAAUGAUGAUGACUAUGACAAAGAUGACACACACACACACACACACACACCUCGUCAAUGCAUAGUAAUACCUUUGGUGGACGAGGACAAGAACAAGUGCAACGACACAUCCGAUCAACAAAUAAUACACGAAAGAGAAUUAUAUUUGUUGAAUUUAUCAUCUGCGCUUGUGUAUAAAUCAACGUGAAAAAUUUAAAAAUAGUAAAGUGCAAAAGUUUAAUAUUCAGAAGCUAAUUAGUAAGGAUAUAAAUAAAAUAUAUUAUUAUUAUCAUUAUUACUAUUAAUACUAAUAUUAAAAUUAAUUUAAAAAAUUAAAAUUUGGUGACGUGAUAUUAACAAGUUAGAAGAAAUUAGUGUACCGAAUGGAGUAGAAAGGGAUAAUAGUGUGAAUAUUUGUGGUAGAAAGUGUUGAGAGUGAAAAAAGUGGGAGUUAUUCUCUUACAUUUAAUUAAUUAAUUAAUUAAUUAAUUGAUCAAGUAAAUAAUAAAUUUAUUUAUUGAUUUAGUUUUGUUAUUGUUAUUGACACACGGGCUUACAAAGUUUGUAAAUAAUCGGCUGGAUGCACGGGCGCGUGUAUUCGAGCGUUACUUUUAAAAGUGCGUCCUUGUGCGCGUUCAGUGUCAUCGCUGCAGCAGCGGCAGCACCAGCCGCGUCCUCGUGACUUGAGACCACUCGAACAAGGAUAUUAUCAUUUUUUCUGCUGUGGGUGAUGUCAUUACUGCACAUAAUGCGCCAGGGGUGAUGGAGACAGUGGGCAAGCAAGUCCAGGUAGUGAGUGGACUAGGGGUGGGAGGCCCAGUUGGCGGAGAUUUGCAUCAUCAUCAUCACCCUCAUCCUCACGGGGGUCAUGGACACUCGCUAGUUGGCGGUGCGGCAACCCCGACUCGAAUUCAGGCUCAGACUCAUCAGGGCCAGCCGCCACCGCCUUCUCACAAUCAACAUCUACCUGCGAGAUCAACUCCUGUACAACUGCACCGGCCUACCCAAAAUUACAUAAACAUCAAGAGCAGCAGUCCAGUGUCACCCCGAACAGUAGGCGUUGGUGGUUACGGAGGCCAGGGUACUACAAAUACGCCGUCGUCUGGAGUGACUGUGGGUCCACCGGGUAGCGGAAGUGUUUCUGGUGUAACAGGAGUAGUCACCGGUUCUGCCGGCAGUAAUUACGUCACCGUGCCAGUGCCCAAUACACUUCGAUAUGUCCACCCUUAUCCACCACCACCACCGCCACCGGCACCGUCGGCUCCCGUCAAUCAAACGCCACCUCCACCGGGAGCUGCGGCCUACACCAGAGAUCCCUACAGAAAUACGACAUCCAACGUAUCUGAGAGGGUGGCAAUAAGCGUGAGCAGCAGUCCAGUGUCCCAGGUUGGGGUUGGGGGUGUCGGUGUCGGAGGGAAUGAGUACGCCCUCAACAGUCGGGGUGAUCGCCCACGAAUAUCUCUGCUUCCACCUGCCUCGGGGAAUCCAACAACUCAGCUGACUCCUGGUCCCGAGUAUAUGAUCAGUACGAGGAAUAAUAAUCCACGGAAUUUGAUGCCCAUGCAGCAAUCAGCUGACCAGUACACCAACAAAGCUGUUGAAAUGGCGUCACUCCAAGAGGCUCCACCUUUUAAAAAAAUACGUCUAGGACAGCCGCAGUCUCAGCUUUUGUGUCAGACUAUUCCAUCAGCUGAAACUUGCAUUAAACAAGAUCAUAUUCAGCUUCCUCAGCCACUUAGGAUAGAUACUCGGCCUUCAGCAGGUGCGUAUACUCCACAAACGGAAGCAAUAUCACCAACGUUACCAGAGCCAAGUAAUCAAGAGGAUGUUCAGUUUCGAAGUACCAAGGACGAUUUGCUCCAGCAGAUAGCUAAAGUUGAUCGUGAAAUAGCUAAAAGAGAAACUCAAAUUUCGAUGCUGAGAAAAAAAUUGAAAGAACUCGAAGAAGCUGCAAACAAACCCUUGGAUACCAGUGGCCUCAAACGACCAGUUGAAGAACAGUUGCAACCAAAGCAUCAGUCAUUGGCCCAAAAAAUUUAUGCUGAAAAUAGGAAAAAGGCGGAAGAGGCGCAUCGACUGUUAGAUAAAUUAGGAUCUGAAGUAACGCUGCCACUUUACAAUCAGCCAUCGGAUACUAAAAUUUAUCAGGAUAAUAAAACAAAGCAUCAAUCGUGCAUGAAAGCACGAUUGGUCGCGAGGUUACGAAAAGAACACACCGAGCGUGCAGCCCUUCAACGUCAGCAGUCACAGACUUAUGCCGUUCUCGUUCAAGAGUGGCAUCGCAAGAUCGACAGAAUAGAGGGCACACAGAAAAAAAAAUCAAGGGAUACUAAAAAUCGUGAGUUUUUCGAAAAGGUAUUUCCUGAACUGCGUAAACAGAGAGAAGACAAAGAAAGGUUCAACAGGGUUGGCGCGCGCAUUAAAAGCGAAGCCGAUCUUGAAGAAAUAAUGGACGGUCUUCAGGAGCAAGAGGAAGAAGUAUCAGCCGAGUUUAAAAAUGCCAUUAUUGCCCGUCAGAUGGAGGAUAAGAAGAUGCGUUCGUAUGCAGUGAUACCGCCGUUGUUGCUGGACAAGAAGCAGCGGAGAAUAGCAUUUCAAAAUCGUAAUGGGCUGCUUCAACCGGAAGAACUUGAAGCACUUCAUAGUGAACGGAAGCUCAUAAAUGUAUGGAGUCCUGAGGAACAUGAACUUUUCAAAGAAAAAUAUCUUCAACAUCCCAAGAAUUUUGGAAUGAUAGCUCAAUCUCUUGAGCAUAAAUCUGUUGCUGACUGUGUGCAUCAUUACUACCUCACUAAAAAAGCGGAAAAUUAUAAACAAUUGUUGCGUAAAUCACGACAACGUACUCGUAGUUCGCGAAAUAAUCCUAACAAUAAGGUUAACAAUAGUAAUUCUAGCAUUGGAACAAUAGAUAUAUUAACGACAGGUGUAACGACAAGACUGCAGCGUGAGCAGCAACAGAAGACCCAAGAAAACCCACAAAAUGCAGCGGCAACGUCGACAACAACCUCGACGACAUCAACAACGACAACGACUACCUCUUCGAGUUCUUUGUCAACAAAUACCACGACAAGUACAUCAUCUUCCACUACAACCGUCAGUUCGUCACUUCCAACAACAACGAGCUCUACUACCAGCACCACCAGCAGCAGCAAUACUGGCACCACCUCCUCGACGAGUGAGUCUCCCUCAAUCGUCACAACUACCGUCACGUCCGUCCAGAGUUCUACGACCUCGACAACCAGUGUACUGACGACUUCGUCGACGUCAAGCGCUAAAGAUGCGAGAGAAGCUAACAAGGAAAAUAACAAAAAUGAUACCAAGGAUCCGAUUGCUAAGAAAAUGAAAAAAGAAACUAAAGAAGAAUCCGCUGAUAUUACAACCAAGGAUUUGAAACUAACAUCGGAAAACGCAAGUGGGUUUUCGUCAGCUGGGCCCAAUGAAGUAUCAAUGCAAACACCCGAUGCGAAAGAAAAGAAGAAAACUGGAAGCACGACGACGAGUAACGUCAGUGGAUCUGCUGGUAACCGAUCUAAGGAUAAAAAGAAAGAAAAUAAUCACGCGACGCCGAUGGAAACCAGCGACGAGGAAGCGCAAAACAUCGAGUCCAUCGAAGGAGGAAGACAAUUAGGUCCACAUACUUGUGCGAUAUGUCAAAGUGUAGUAGAGGGAGGGAGCCAGAGCCGUGCAUUGUCUCGUAGUCAAGCGUCUCAAUAUGGAUUACGUGAAGAUCAAGUGCAGCCGGGUGCACGUGUCUGCAAUACUUGCAGAUGUAAAGCCGUACGUGGUCGUUACACCGCAUGUCCACUUCCUGGAUGUCCAAAUGCCAAUAAUUCAAAUACUAAAACACGAGUUAAGCGACUGCGUGCAUUACCGUCUAAGUGGAUGGAACUGCCCUCAGAUGUCUGGGAGCCAGUUGUCCAAGAAUUUCAGAUACCGAACAAUGCCACCAAAUGUUGUUCAGCUUGUUUCAACAGGAUAUCGCGUCGUUUGGCGCCUCAUUUGACCGCCGGUGCAGACGUUUCUGAAGACAGUUCUGAAUCUUCGACGCGGCAGCAGUGGACUGAAGAAGAAUUAAAACUUCUAAGACGUGCGUUGAGAGAACAUGCGACGAAUUGGCAGAAAGUUGCUGAACAAAUUCCUGGAAAAUCAAAUCAUCAGUGUAAAAAUUAUUAUCUUACGUAUCGCAAGAAACUAGGACUUGAUCAGAUUGUUACCGAGUACUAUGAGGCGAGAGGAGAAGAUUUUAGGAGGCCUUUUUUAACAGAUGAAGAGGAAAGUGGUAGUAGUACAAGUAGCUGCGAUGAAUUGGCUGUGCACGAUUCUAGUGAUACUGCAAGUGCAGGUAGUCCUGCAAAUAUAAUAUCAAGUAGUACGACGUCGACCUUGGUCCCAUCAACGAGUUCAUCAAAAACAAAUAUUUUUCCUCCCGACAAUACGACGGAUAUUCGUAUCUCUCUUGUACCACCACCGAUAACAACAUCGUCUUCACAGCAACCUACCGCUGGAGGACAGCCAGUGGUAAACAGUCGCGAGGAUUACGAUAGCUCUGCUACGGAGACGGCGGACGAAGGUCAAGGUAAUGCUGAACUUGAAAGUACGGGUGUUACGGUUACGCAGUCAACUGGUAAUACAAGUGCGCUGAUACAAUCCCAGCAACAGCAGCAAAUCCUACAGCCUCAACCACCGCCACCGCCACCACCACCCGAGCAUUCGCCACCGACAACUGCUAGCAGCUCGAAUCCACUUACUGUCAAAGAUCUUAUGCUCGGUGUUAUCGAGAUGCAACUAAAACGUAACAACGGUAGUCCAGCUGGACCACCGGGUUCAGUAUCUAAUUCUGGUCCCUCUUCGAUGUCAAAUAUUCUCAAGGCUGAUCAUAGGAAUGACAUUACUUUUGUUCGUGAGUUUAAGCCGGCCUCGAGUAUGCCCUCUACUGCCAUGUCCAAUAGGGACUCGAAUUUGGCGACUCUUUCUGUUGUUUCCUGUCAUCGUUCUGCUCCCAGUCCUCAACAAAUUGGUCAAAUGCAAGCAACGAUAACACCAUGUCCACCUCCAGUUCAAAGUUCCCAGCCUCAACAACCAGAUUUACUUCCCAAAGAAGGUUUAGUCGUGAUGCAAGUCCAGCAGGCAUUAAGAGAAACCGAGGGUACACUUGAUUUGAGUAUAAAGAAACCAAGACUACAUCCACCACCACCUCAGCAGCAAGAGUACAAUCACACUCAUCAGCAGCCUCAUAAACCUCCUCAAGUAUCAAUGUACCGCCCGGAACCACCAGGUGCUUAUUAUCAUGCUCACCCACAUGCAGAGCAGGGUCGUGGUGCUAAAAGCCCAUUAGUCUACGCGUCGUCACCUAGACCGCAAGCUCCAAUAACGCCCAAAAUGAAUAAAGUAAACGUGACCCCUCCUCAUCCAAAAUUGUCACCCAAACUAAGUAACAUCGGGCCAGCUCACAAAGGCGGGUCAAUAACUCACGGUACUCCAGUUCCCAGUGCGCGUUACGAAGGCCUUUUAAGACAAAUGACACCACCAGGUAAUGCCGGGUCAGCGGGUUCAGGAGGUACACCAGCUCCCAAAGAAUCUGGUUCGAUAACUCAGGGUACUCCAGUGCAUCCAUUUACUGUAGACAAACGUAAUCCAAUGUAUGAUUAUCACCGGCCAAUAAGACACUCACCAGCAACGACAAAUGUUCCACCUCAGUGCCAAACUCAACAGGGUGUCGUUGUUACCCACAGUAAUCAGUAUAAUUCAUAUUCUUCAAGACCACCACCGAGUUAUACUAUGGAGCAACAAUUGUCAUCGCGCCAAAUAAUAAUGAACGACUACAUUACCAGUCAGCAAAUGCACCAGAGAGGUCGUACCAGUGGAACCAGUGAUAAUCCUGGCAAAAGUGAGCCCCCACCUUCGUCUGGAUUGUAUUACACAAGUACACCACCUCCACCUCAAUCUCACACGCAACCGCGACAGGGAGUUAUACAGAGACACAAUCCGCAAAAACAAAUUCACUAUCAACCUCCACCGGCGGGUCUUGAAGCUUUCUCUAGUCUUGUUGAUGUGGCUGUCCAGCAGCCAAGUUUACCAGUACCGCACCCUCACGGUCCUCCUCAUCCUUCGUCGGGUAGCAGCGGCCAUGAGGGUCUCGGCAAAACGAUGGCCGAUAGACUGCUCGCUGAUCGGUAUGUAGAUAAUAAUAGAGCGUAUCGGGAGCAAGAGAUAAGGAUUCAAGAGCAACAUCGGUUUGCGAUCCAGCAUGCCGAGAGGAUGGCUGCCGCUCAGCAGCAACAUCAACAGCAGCAUCAGCAGCGCGAACGGGAGCGCGAGCGUGAACGUGAACGGGAACGUGAUCUUGCUCAUAUACGUGAGAAAGAGGAGCAGCAGAGGCUGCAUCGGGAGAAAGAGCUCCAGCAAUUGGAGCAUCGUUUGGCUGUCCAGCAUCACCAGAGGGAAAAAGACAUGCAGCAGCAACAGCAACAGGAGCAGCAUAGAUUUUCACAGCAACGGGAGAAAGAAAUGCAGCAGCAUGAGCACAUGAUGUCUGUACAGAGAGAAAAAGAAAUGCGUGAAGGGGAACAGCAUCGACUGAGCGUUCAUCAGCAGCGAGAAAAAGAAAUUCAUCAGCAUCAAAUGGCCGCUGCGGCGCAGAGAGAAAAAGAACAUCAGGAGCAUCGCAUGGCUCAGCAGAGGGAAAAAGAAAUCCAGCAUCAACGAGAACAGCUGGCGGUUCAUCAAAGAGAAAAAGAGAUGCGUGAUAAGCAGGCGGAACAUCGGAUGGCUGUACAACGAGAACGGGAUCUUGCUCAUUUACAUCAACAGCAAAUGCAACAGCAGCAACAGCAGCAGCAACAACAGCAACAACAGCAGCAGCAGCAACAGCAGCAACAACAACAACAACAGCAACAAAUUCAACAGCAACAACAAAUCCAACAGCAUUUUCUCGGAAGAAUCGAAGCUGAAAGACAUCGUCAUAUGGCUCAAAUACGCAGGGAUCACUUCCGGCCGGAACAAAUUGAUCGCGAGGCCUCGCGGAUUAUGACCAGUGGAUUUCCGGCGUCUUCAAGGCCGCAGCCUCCACCUCAGCCUCCUCCACAGCAGCCUUCUUCGACGCGAACCGGCCAGUCCGCGUCGAAUUCUCAGCAAGGAGAAGGCUCUUCCACUCUUACUGCCGCCAGUCUUAUCGACGCGAUCAUCACUCAUCAAAUAAAUCAGAGUUUUAAAAGCACCGGUGGCACUGCGGCUUCAAGUAAUCAGCCUACCAGACCCGGCGAUAGACUUUUCCAGACUUUUCAUCGAGAUAAUCAACCAGAGCCUAAUGGUGUUGCGCACAGUCCUGCUGGUGAAGCUGCUGGAGGUAAUAGCGGACCACCAAAUGAAGCUCCGCAAGAUGGAAAAACAAUUACCAUUGUAGAUCAUGCUGAGCAUAUUGUAACCAAGGAAUAUGGUCCGCCUCAUGGAUCAUACAGAUCAUAUCCUGGAUACACAAUAUCUGAAGAGCAGUGGAAGCGUCGCGAAGGUGAACCCGAGUCGACAAAAUCGAGUGACGAGCGUCAAAUAAUCCGCGUAUCUCAAACACAGCAGCAGCCGCAGCAGCAUCAGCCAUCCCAGCAAUCACAGCAACCAGUGAGUUCGGGCAAGCAAUUCCAUUCCGUAGAACCGGUGUCACCACCCGAGGCAACGACAAAUCAUUACACAGCAAGACGAUAUUACGAAUCAACCACUGCCACAACGACCUCCGGGACACCAUCAAAGCCCCAUCUCUCGCCGCUUGAUUACGUGAAAAAUAAAAUAGUCGAAGUAAUGCGAACCUCUGAGGACGACAAACCAGGCGCGGAGAGAUCCAGCGGUAACGGCAACAUUGACAAGGACGACAAACCAGCAGAGAGUCCGUCAACCGGAGAUAUGGUAAUUGACGAGAGUCCUAGUCAGCCAAGUCAACCACCACCAUCAGCACCCACAACAUUCUAUCCCUACAACGCUCUUGGUGUCCAAGUACACACUGGAAUGCCCCAGCCACCGCCACCAGCAACUUCCUCAGCGAAUGUAUCAAAGUCCGAGCAAAUGCAAGCUGAGCCCGCGCCUCUCCUGUCUGCUCAAUACGAGCCGCUCUCCGACGAGGACUGAUGUGUCUCCAUUGACAGUAAAAUCAACAAUUCGAAGCUCCCGAUUCUCAUCAACGUUAAUUAGAGGGUCUUGCAGACGUGUUCCUAUCAGACAUGAUAACUUUGUUUUUGUAUUUCAGAUUUACGCUUUUUUUUUGCUAUGAUUCUUUAUUUUAUUAUUUUUUUUUUUUAUUUACUAGAGUCAUAUUGGGAUAAAAAAGUGAUAAAGUAUCGCAAUAUGAAAGCAAUCUUUUGAAAAAAAAAAAAAAAAAAAAAAAUUUUACACAAAUGAUUCAGGUAUAAAAGCUGUGGUUUUUUUUUUAAACAUUACUUGACAUUACUUUUUUUACUCGUCCACCAUAACGAUUAAAAGUCAUCUGUUUAUAUUUUAAAAAUUUUAUUUCCAAUAAUAAUAAUUGUGAUUAUAAUUAUUAUUAUUAUUAUUAUUGUUUUUAUAAUUAUUUUGUGGAAUGAUAAUAUUUAAUUUGUUAUCUUUUUUUUGUGUAAAUUUAUUUCUUUCAUUAUUUCUCUAUAAAUAAAAUCAUUCCAUAAAACAUUCUUAUCAUCAAUUAUAAGAACAAAAAAAAAAAUAAAUAAAUAAUUAAUAAUAAAUAUAAAAACCACGGACGCUAAAGCUAAAGCUUUAAUGCACGGCAUCAAAGCCAAAUUUAAGGUACAUUUAAUAAAUAGUUAUUAUAAUUAUAAAAUAGUUAUAUCAAAUAUAAUAUUAAUAAUUAGUUGUAAUAAAAAUAACGAUAAUAAUAUUAAUUAAUAUUUCCACAGUAAAUAAAAGUGGUAAAUAAUUUAAAAAAAUUCAUUUUCUUUUGUAAAUACACUAAUAUAAUCGUUAUAAAUAAUAAUAAUAAUAUUAAUAAAUACGUUAAAGGUGUGCGUGUUUUUAUUUUGAAUACAUCUGUGAUGAGUAACCAGUGUGAGAUACUAAAAUACAUGUACUGUAGAUUCGAUAAAAAGAAAGAGAAUAAAAGUGGGUAGUAAAAAAAAAAUAAACACUGAGUUUAAAUAAUAAUCAUCUUGAACAGACGAUUACUUUAUUGUAUGUACACUAUUUUUUUUUUAUAUAUAUAAAUAUAUAUAGAAAUAAUAAUAAAUAUUAAAAUAAAAAGUUUAAAAAAUAAAAAAAAAAGUAAACGUUGUAAAUAGUUGAUAGUUUAUAAGACGAACAAGUAAUUAUAUUAUUAUAAAUAUAUAAAUAUAAGUACUAGGACUAGUGUAAUAACAGUAGGUAUAGAUAAAGUUUAAAACAGGUAGAAAAAUGACGAACUGACUAGGGAACUUCUUUCGAGACAACGUUCUCUUAUUGACGAAUUACUUUAUGUAAAAUUUUAUCAAAUUUAUUGGUAUGAUUAUUAUUAUUAUUAUUAAUAAUAAUAAAUAUUAAUAAUAAUAAAUAAUGUUAAUUGUCGAUAAACGAAUAAAUGUGAAUUUUUAUUUUAUUUAAUUAUAUUUAAAUAAUACAUGUUGAUCACUCGAUAACACACUCAAUUAUCGCGCACUUAUCAAAUCACACAUUCACAUUUACCUUUUUAUACAGCCUAAUUUUAUAUUUGUAUGCAAAAAAAAAAAACGUUUUAUUAUUAUUAUUAUUAUUAAUAAUAAUGUGGAGCUGCGCCCUUCGUUUACGGCUUUUUAAAUCUUAUUAUUUUAUCAAAAUUGUACAAUAGUUAGAUUAUUUUUUAUUGUUUUUUAUUUUAACGCCAACUGUUUUCAAUCGCGACUACGAUCCAAAGCUUUAUUGUAAUAAAAAAAAACAAAUCUUAAUUAAAAGUUUAUUAAUAAAACCAAGGGACCGGUGCCUUUCAACACUAUUGCUCUUAAAAAAAAAAAAAGUAAAAUAAAAUAAAUAAAAAUAAAAACAAGUUGAUAAUUUAUUAUUUGUAGAGUUUCCUUUAUUGCUCUAAUUCCGUACCGUGUCUUAAGUACUUUGAUUCGAUAUAGAAAAUUUUAUUAUUUUGUUUAUUUCAAAAUAAUGCCAAGUGUUUAAAAAUAGCUGAGAAAAAUUAAAUAUUUUGAUGCUUCCAAAACGGUGAUUUAAAAAAAAUAAAACAGUACUGCAUCCGAUAAAAUAUGAGUAAUUUUACUCUAAUAAUAAUUAAAAAAAAAAAAAAAUUAAGAGAACGAAUCUUAUCACUGCUAUUGCUCCAAAAUGACUUAAAUUAAAUUUGAAACUACAGAAAAAAGGAUUUUUUGACGCUAAAAAUUUUUACUUUUCCCAAAAUAAAUUUUUGCAUUAGAAAUUGAGAAAAAAAAAAUUUCUUGGGGAGAGAAAAUUUUUUUACGGCAAUAAAUUUUUUUUUUCUGUGCAGACAUAGAUUAGAGACAUAAAAUAUACUGUUACAAUUGUACCUAUUUGAUUAAAGCUUGGUGACGAUCUCUGUUCAGAACUUGAUCGUUUAAAGAAGAAAAAAAAAGGCUGUAUAUUUAAAAAAUAAAAUGAAAUAUAUAAUAAUAAUUAAAAUAAAAUAAGCUAUCGAGGCGAUUGUUUAGCUCUCGUUGUAAAAUAGACGGUCGGAUGGAAAUAAAGAAGCUGAGGAUUUAACGAUAAUUAUUAUUAUCUAUUGAAUAAACAGGAAUAAAGUAAUUGAUUGGAAACGAUAUAUUAAAUAAAUAAAUAUAUAAAUAAAUAAAUGAAUGGAUAAAUAUUUAAAUAGCGAACGAGCGCAUACCACGCCUACAGUAAACUCUACCGGUGUAGCAUACACGAUAAUUAUUAUCAAACAAUUCAAUGUAAAUUGUUAUUUUUGUUGAAAUAAAAUCACCUCCGUUAUUGA